GGAAAAUCAUCAUCCACAGUGAAAUGAAGCGCAAUCCACCAACAUCAGCUCCCUUUUGAAGGUUUUCCCCACCAACGAUUUUUGUUAUUCAUCCUAUCAAAUUUUUGUUUUUCCUUAAUCGGUAAAUUUAACCUUGUGUUCUUGAAGGUAAAUUGUUUGUUGGACGAACAAAAUGGCUGCUGGACAUGAUUCCUUUGUUGCAAGUGGAAUCAGCACCCUGACAACUGAAGAAGAACACGGUUGGAAUAUGACAUUCGCUCUAAGUGAAGCUGACGCCAUGACAGCAACUGAAGUUGAUGACGCAGUUGAAGAGGAGAUUGAGAUGGAAGCAUGGCGACUCAUGGGGGGCUCAGACAUGACCACAGUUUCUGAUGCCAACGUGAAAGCCGUCGCUGCCAAAAUUCGAGCCAUUUUGGAAGAUAAAUUGGCAGAACGAGGAGUGAGUGGAAGGUUCACACAAGAGAUCAUCGAGCGGAAAUUGCAAGCCAUUUUAGAUAAAAUCCGUUCGGGGAAAGGAACUGCGAAGACUGCUGUUCAAGAAGCAAGACUUUGGUACAGCGCACUUGAAAACGCGAAGAAGGUGAGAAAACAACAAGAAUUCGAUGCACCUCCUCCAUCAGCUGCAGGAGAGGAAAUAUGCGAUGAUGAAACUGAAGAGGUUCAACAAUAUGUUCAAGCAGCUGAGAUUGAAAAACGAAUGCCUUUGGGAGAUGCCAUGAUUGGUAUCACAUAUCGAGACCAGUAUUAUGAAGAAGUAGCCUAUGAGCACAAUACACGGGUUGGGAUGGCUUUAGGAAACAAAAUCGACGAAUUGAACAAACGUCGUGGACAAGUCAACGAUUUGGUGGACGAACACAACUUCCUAAUGGAUCAGCUUCCGUUGGAGAAGAUUGCAUUGGAAAGAAAAAAGACUGAGUAUGAAAUCAAGGCGAAGGAGUGGGAAGAAAUGCAGAAGUCUUAUGCUCGCUGGCCUGAAGAGAAAGAAGAACUGCUGUUCCAACUGGAUAAUCUCCACGAUGAACUCCUCGAAGUUGAGGCAGAAAAUGCCAAGUUGAAUACCUUGGUGGAAUCUCUCCAAAUGUCAGUCGGAAAGCAUCAAGAUGCCAUUCAAGUUCUGAAAAGCCUUCCGGUAGAAACCCAAGAGUAUUACAAGAAAAUUUUGGCAUUCAGCAAUGAAAUCGCGGAGGCCAACGACAAGAUCGACGAGAUGCAAUCAGCUUAUUGGGACUUCGUUGGGAUGGUUGAGAAGUUGGCAGAGGCAUUACUCAAGAUGGAAAUGAUUCCGGCAACGGCUUUAUUCAUGGCUGAGAAUUUCAAUAAGUCUUUCAUCUCUGGCCCUUGGCGAGCACACGGCUUGAAAACGGGGCGGAUUCCGUCGGUUCAGAACAAAAUCGCGAACUCAGUUCGAAUGGCGAAACGAUUGUCCGUGAUUUUGGAACGAGCACGAAAAAGCGAGAAGCGCGUUGUGAAGGGACUCGCCUUUUGAUUUCAAUUGGAUAAUAACAAAUUUGAAUUUCAUUUUUUGUUCAAUCCGUGUUGAUUUUUUUAUUACUCGUGUUAAUCUCAUUUCUAGUCGAAAUCUUAUUAAAAUGCCGCUGCGUUUCUAAA